AUGACUCCUGCACGAGGACUGGUCGUGUUGACACUGUUGUGGCUAACCGUCACGAUCUCGGGCCAGGGGCUUGUGCUCUCCGACAGCGAGGACCCAGAGAACGCAAACUUGUCCUUCACCACAGCAGACUACUUCAGGAGGACAAGCCUGAAGGCGAAGAGGAGGAUGGAGCUGUCCUCCAGCGCAGACUCGUCGGACGUGCAAUACAACCUGACCAACUGCACGAGGGAGCAGAACCCCUACUACGUGCCAGUGACCCAGGAGGACGAGCCGCUGCGGAGCUUCGUCAGGGAGAGCGACGAGUGGAUGCAUUUGUUUCACUCCAUGGGGCCAUACAAAAACAUCCUGUCCGUCAGGUUCGUCAAGGAAGUCCUGCGCCGCUAUGGAUGCCGCUGUGCUGAUCGGUACACGCUCAAGUUUGCGGGGUUCCUCGCGGAUGUCUUCACCUACCAGCUGGUCGACAGCAUCACGGACUGGGCGUACCUCCGACUGGAAGCAGAGGAGGAGGAGAAGGCCGAGAUGGAUCCAAAGUACAGGCGGCAGAGCGUGAAGAAGGAAGAGAUAGAUGACGACGAUGACGACGAGGAGAUGAAUGAGGAAGAGAAGAUGGAGAACGAGUUGAGUCAGAGGAUGCGGAAUUUACCUCGAAGGAGGGAACUGGAUGCAGCCGGUCCUAUCGACCUUGAUGCCGCCAAUCGAACGAAACUUGGGCAUGUAGACCCUGAAGCUCUCCAGGAGAUGACGUCAUUCUCCAAGAGAUUGUUUCAGAGUCGUAAGGCCAAUCAGAAGGAAGAAUCUUCAAGCUUGGAGAUCAGCAAAGGAGAGGGCUCGGAGGAAGGGGAAGCAGACAAGGCCCAGGAAGAGGGAAUGCAGCAGGACCAGAGGGAGGAAGAGAGCUCCUCGUACAUCGAUCAGCUGGUGGAAGCAAACCUCCCCGAUCUAGACUACACCCCCCUCUUGGACACCGACCCGGAUGUGCAUGUGGAUGGGUACUACCCCGUCACCAAGUACCUGUCGGAUAGCUUCGAAGAGCCUGAGGCGGUCUCGGCGAUCGGGACGGAGUAUCAGGCGGAAGUCCUCGGUUCAAACGCGCCCAACUAUCCGCUUGGGGGAGCAGGAGCACCGGGAGCAGGCUUCCCGUCACAGCAGUCUGCUUCCCCAGUGCCUGGAGCAUACUCGGGCAGUAACCAGCCCUACUAUGCUCAACCAGGAUACCAGAUCCGAAGACCUGGCCCUGUCCCUGGCUCCCCAUACAACUACGGGAAUCAACCCCAGUACGCGACUUAUCCUCCUCGUCCCAUGCCUCCUGGUGUAGUCCCAGCAGCUUAUCCGCCUCAGGCGUACCCGCCGCGGGUACCAGCCAUGGCUCCUUACCUUCAACAGGCUUAUCGCAGCAUGAAUGCUCCUCCGCCUCCUAUGUACUCUCAACAACAGUAUCCUCAGACUUUCCCGCCCAUGGCGCAACAAGCUCGGUAUGGUAUGCCUCCCUCCCAGCCGUCUCAGCCUCCCAUGAUGCCCGGCCAGCGCGUAGUCCCCUUGCCCCCGGGACCCGCGAGCGGACCAGGACAAAGCCCGCAGGCAGGAAGACCUCCGGGAGUGCCGCCAGGGUAUGGAAACUAUGGCAACAAGCCACCGUGA